AUGAAUUCGCCAGCUGGUAAACGGGAUAUUCAGAUCUCGAAGGCAUUGUCGUACUUGCUGCGACAUGGUGCUUUGAAAGAAGGUUUGCCGAUCGAUAACAAUGGAUUUAUACCAGUUUCCGUGCUGCUACGUCACAACAGGCUAAAAUCUCAUAAAUGCACUCUCGAAGAUAUCCACCGGAUUGUUGAGAACAAUGAUAAGAAACGGUUUCAAAUCAUGAACAAAGAUCUGGAAGAUGGUGGACAACAGGAAGUUAUAUGUGCCACUCAAGGGCAUUCCAUCGCGACUAUUACACCAGACAAUGAGGUACUUGAAAAGGUCACAGCUCCAACCGAGUUACCAGAAAAACUGAUCCAUGGCACCAGUAUAUCAAAGCUUUUACUCAUUCUACAAUCUGGAUCAAUCAAGAAGUUGCGCAGAAAUCAUAUUCAUCUCUCACCGGGCAUAUCUGGUCGGGACAGCCAAGUGGUCAGCGGCAUGCGAACUUCAAGCAAUGCAUAUAUACAUUUGAUUUUGGGACAACCUUUGUUAGACAAAAUACAGCUCUUCAGGUCUUUGAACAACGUAUAUUUGACGCCGGACGAUGUUGACCUGUCGUUAUUCAAAAGUGUCACAAUUCGACCAUCCAAACGAGCUUCUGAUGACCUCAAUGCCGUGAUAGUUGAAUUAAACAGACUUGGGAUACCGUAUGAACUCUCCGGUGGCCAAUAG